AUGCAUUGUGUAAAUCAUUUAAGCGAUAGAGACUUAUCACAAGAUGAAUGUGGUUGUGUAGAUAUGUGUACAAAAAAACAUGUUAGUGUUAAUCAUAAAGUUAUGCAAGUUUAUAUGGAAGUUCAACCUGAAAUAAUUAAUAAGAGAAUCGAAGACAUGAAUAAACAGCAAGCAGCUGUCGAAGAAGCUAAAAAUAAAAAUUUGGAAAUAGAUAAUAAAAAAAAAUUUAUUAAAGACUCUAAUUCUAAUGAUAAUAUUAAUAAUAAUAAUGAUAAAGGAAAUGAUGUUACUAAUAACAAUACAAACAGUAACUUAACAUUAAAACAGUAA